AUCGUGAUGGUUCUGGUACGCGUCCAUCUUUGAUGCCACCAACAUCUCAACAACGACUCUGGACCAACUUCAUUUCCUUUGUUUUUCGGUUCUCCAGGUUUCUAUAGGGCCGCUUCAAUGUUGUCUGUCACAGAUUCGCAAACCGAAAACCCUUCCGAGGUCGUAACGAGCAAUGUACCGCCUACUGAUGAUCCUGAGAACGGAUCGGUGGAAGCGACUAUCACUGAGACAAUUAUGGUUGUAGAAGAGACAAACCUUCCAGACCCCGAACUCGCGAAUGAGCAAUGGAUCAAACUCAACUUUGCUUGGUCAGGCAAGCCAUAUUCUUUGAGCAUGGCAGAAUCUGACAGAGUCUUCGACCUGAAAGCGGCACUUCAAGAGCAGACCAAUGUGCCGCCAGAACGUCAGAAGAUCCUGGGCCUUGUGAAGGGGAAGCUCCCCUCAGAUGAAGUAACUAUUCGUGACCUGAAGCUUUCCAUUGGGAAGAAGUUUACGCUUAUCGGCACUCCUGAAGGGCAUGAAAUAAAGGACCCUUCUCAGCUUGAAUUUCUUCCUGACGUGGUCAAUGAUCUGGAUAUCGACUUCAGCUCGGAUCCUAAGGCAGCCAAGUCAUACCAGAACGACCAGAGGAAUAUCCGCAAAGUCAAGGAGCAUACCGAGAGACUGAAGGUCAAUAUCAUACAUCCAUUACGAGAAGGCAAACGACUACUGGUUCUUGACAUCGACUAUACUAUUUUGGAUACGAAGCCCCUGACGUCUGGUGCCCUUCCUCCUCAUGAGUGUGCACGACCCCGUCUUCACGAAUUCCUGGAGGCCGUCUAUGAACACUAUGAUAUUUGCAUAUGGUCACAAACAAGUUGGAUCUGGCUCGAGACGAAACUUGUUGAACUAGGCAUGCUAGGGGGAACUCGAAACUAUCAGAUUUCAUUUGUUCUUGACAAGACAUGCAUGUUCACUGUAUUUUCUACCAGGGAAGGCAAACAGUAUAAACAUUCAGUAAAAGCCCUCCAGAUCAUCUGGAAUCACUUCCCACACUAUGGACCCCAUAAUACGAUACAUGUCGAUGACCUCGGUCGAAACUUCGCCUUAAACCCCAACCAAGGUUUGAAGAUAUCGGCUUUCAAAGAUGCACAUACCCCACCGGCCAUGGCUGACAGAGAGCUUGAGAAGGUUGCGCGGUACUUAGUGCACAUCGCCAAUACUCAUGGUGAUUUCACCAACGUUAACCACAAGGUCAGUUCUGAAGUUUCAGCGUAACGGUUUCGUUUCACAGAUUGCUCGUCGUACGUUACAGGACUGGAAACACGUCGCUCGUAUGUUGCCACCAAACUAGAGAAAAGCAACUAUCCGGCAGAUAUGGCUCGUGCUCUUUCGUGGCGGAACGCUAGAAAUCGUACCUCUGAGUUAUUGCAUGCAAGCAAAGCAAGGCAAUCACGCAUACCAUACCCUCACUAUUCUGCUAUGCUCACGGGCUUGUAAUAUACCUCAAUUGUUAUUGUAGCAUAUCCCGACCUUGAUUGCAUCGGUCAGGUCAGAACUGUAGUCUUGUUUUACUCACUUCUGACUUAAGAUUUCACCUCAAAUACCUUUCCCAAGAGAAGAAAGGCUAUUGCUUCACCUCGGAUAUUGGCAUUCAUGUUCUUCAGUCUCGUUGAAGUCUAUGCUCGAUGUGUUGUCAUUGGUCCCUAUGGGUCUUCUCAGCUAUCCCAAUUUGGUUGAACAGAAUCUAUUUGUAUCUUGCC